AGUACUAACCAGGCCCAACCCUGCUUAGCUUCCGAGAUCAGACGGGAUCAGGCUUGUUCAGGGUAGCACAAAAUAAAAUUUAAAUGUGUAUUACCGGGAGAAAUUAUACAUGAAGCAUAGCUAUAAGAAAUUACACUUUCGGCUAACCUAUUAUACAUGAAAUAUAACUAUAAUAAAUUACACUUCUGGCUGUAAUGUAACCUGUUUAUAUUUACAUAUGAAUGAUUAUAGAUGAGCUGAGCCAAUUUUUAAAGAAAGAUACAGUAGUAAGAAUAGAUUUUCACUAAUUCUGUUUUGAAUAUAAUGUAUGGAACCCUCUUCAUUGAAGUUCACAUAUCAAAUCUUUCGAUAAUGUGUAGGAAAGUUUUAAAUGCUUUAAUAAGUUACUCUAGGAGUUAGGUUUUGAUGACUGGUUAUACCUAAUAUUAGACUUACAUUUCUUUCAGGAAACACAUUUUGUUUAAUUUCUAUAAAUGGAAAAACUUAAAUGCUGCAAAUGUUAAGGAAAUACAUAUAAUAUCAACAAAAUCGGUAGCUUUUCUCUAUAUCAGCAAUAAUCAGAAAUUGUAAUAACAAAAACCCUAUUUCCAAUAUUAAGAGAAAGUACAAAAUAUCUAAGAAUAGCCAAUGUUUAAGGCCUUUGUGAAAAAUAUUAUACUCUUUAAAAAUCAUAAAGCCUAGAUAAAUGGAGAGAUAUUAUUGCUUCAUAGGAAGAUCCAAAUUUCAAAAAUAUGGAUUUUCUCCAUAUUAGUCUCUACUGUAAUCUCUGUCAACAUUUCAAUUGAAUUUUAAAGGAAACGCGACAAACUGAUUCUUAAAUUCAUCUAAAAGAGAAAAUACACAAAAAUAGCCAAGAAUUACUGGGGGAAAAAACCCCGAAGUAUUAAAAACAAUUUGUUAUCAGUAUACACCAGCUCUAAAGCUAUAAUAAUUAAAAUAUCAAGGUAAUGCCUUAGGACCAGAAUAUUAUCAAUGAAAGAGACUUGAGUCUAUUUGUAUUGAGUACAUUAAAGGUGGCAUAAAUAAUUACUAAGUAAAUAGUGUUGGGGCAAUUGACGCUCCAUUUGAAAGAAAAUAGAAGACCCCUACAUCAUAGCAUUAACAAAAAAGUUGCAGUUGGCUUAAAGUUUUAGAAUACAAAAUACCAUAUUUUUUAAAAUCUUGAAAUGGUUAAGGCCUGCCUUCAUGGGGCACAAAACUAAGAAGACUUAAAGAAGAAGAUAGCUAGAUUUGGCCAUUAAAAAUAAUAAUUUAUCAUGACAAAAACAUCAUAAAUAGAAUUUAAAGUCAGGAGAUGAGAGAUAAUGCUUAUAGGAUAAUUACAAAGUCUUUAUAUCCAUUUUAUGUAAAUCAGUAAGGAAAAGAUAAUUCAAUAGAAAAACAAGCACAUUUCCAAAGAAGAAAUUCAUAUCAAAAGUUGUUCAUGCCCACAGGGCAUUAGGUAAAUGCAUAUAGGACCAGCGGGAAGUCCUGGAGCGUACUUGAGAUUAACAUGGCUUCCAGAGGAAAGACAGAGACAAGCAAAUUAAAGCAGAAUUUAGAAGAACAGCUGGAUAGACUAAUGCAGCAAUUACAAGAUCUGGAGGAAUGCAGAGAGGAACUUGAUACAGAUGAAUAUGAAGAAACCAAAAAGGAAACUCUGGAGCAACUAAGUGAAUUUAAUGAUUCACUGAAGAAAAUUAUGUCUGGAAAUAUGACUUUAGUAGAUGAACUAAGUGGAAUGCAGCUGGCUAUCCAGGCAGCUAUCAGCCAGGCCUUUAAGACCCCAGAGGUCAUCAGAUUGUUUGCAAAGAAACAACCAGGUCAGCUUCGGACCAGGUUAGCAGAGAUGGAUAGAGAUCUCAUGGUAGGAAAGCUGGAAAAAGACCUGUAUACUCAACAAAAAGUGGAGAUACUGACAGCUCUCAGGAAACUUGGAGAAAAGCUGACUGCGGAUGAUGAGGCCUUCCUGUCAGCAAAUGCAAGUGCUGUACUCAGCCAGUUUGAGAAAGUCUCGACAGACCUUGGCUCUGGAGACAAAGUUCUCGCUUUGGCAAGUUUUGAGGUUGAAAAAACAAAAAAAUGACAUGGUAUGGAAGCUUGGGACAGUGAUCACAUUCAUGUAAAUGGCAUUUUCUGCUGGGGAUUUUGAGUCAUUGCAAAGAAAUCGAGAGAUCCUUGAAGUGCAUUAAUAAUCUAAGGAAAAAGUGACAGAAAAAAACAUACUCAUGGCUUCCAUUUAUGCCCUCCAUCAUUGUGCUUUUUGUAGGGAGCUAUCUGCUUGAGUGAUCCUGGACUUGUUAGGAUGGGGGAACUCACUGGACCUUAUUCGUUAUGAUUUGUCUGUUUAAGAGAGAGAACAGAAAAGUUUCUCUGACUGUGUUAAGGCUCCCUGUAUUUAAGCACUGAUAGUAUGUGAAAAGAUAUGAACUAGUGGUUCUUUUCUGCUCACAAUUUAUCCCCACCUAUUGGAGUGAAUAGUGUAGCAACGUUAAUAAACCUCAUAUGUGUUUUUAAGAGUUCUAAGCGAUCUUAGAAAUCAUUUUCAUUUUAUAAACAAGGAAACAGGCUCAGAAAGAGGAAGUGACUUGCUGAAGUCACAUCAGAGACGGAGUUGAGGAUAAGACUGGGAUGUGCAGACUCUCGGUUUAGUGUCCAUUGGAUUCUAUUUUUUUUACUCUGUGCUGUUCUUAAAAAAUAAUUAACACGUAUUUGUGCAAGUCCGUGUUUAUAAAAAUUCGAUGUCCCUACAAAAAGUUGUCGCUAAGGGACCGUUCCCAGUCUGUAAGCUCUCCGUUUGAAUGGGGCCCAUUGUAUGUGAGUUUUGAGCUUGGAACAAUGGGCGCCCUGUUGAGAGUCUGCUGAAGUAACUUAACCUCCUGUGUUAUUUCACCAGGGAAGCAAUUGGAAGUGGCAGCUAGAGGCCCUCCCUGUGUGUGACCUCUUUGCUGAAAUCCGGAGAGCAGUGACUACAAAUUACUGUUUACUCUUCAGUAUUUGGAGAAACUCAAAAUAAGUUAUGAGGAAAAGCAGGUUUCUCUCCUGAGUGUUUACAUCUCUCUGUAUGUUCAAAUGUAUAGAUUUCCUGAUAUGCAUAGAUGUUAGCUUCUUUCCUAGGCUCUGAGCUACUUUAUAUUCUUCAUGUAUUUCUCAGUAUUUUUUUUUUUUUUUGCACUUUAUACGAAUUAAAAACAUUUUUAAAGCUUCAUGUAUACUGUAAACUGAACUAGGUGCUCUGUGCCAACUGGACAAAUUAGGGGACCUCAACUACAUCAAUGCCUUAUUUGGAAUUUUUAAUCGAUAAUUUUUUAUAUAUUGGUUUAUGACAGUCAAAAAGUCAUUGAAAUUGUGACAAACCAAGAAAAAGCAAAUUACCUUCUAUUCAUCUAGGGGUUUAUGGUCAGUCAUUAUUUCAUUAUUUUGUGCUUUUUUUUUUUUUAAAUCAAAGUGACAUUCAUAUAUCAUAAAAUUCACCAUUUUAAAACAUACAAUUCAGUGGCAUUUAGUACAUUCACAUGUUGUGCAACCAGCAUCGCUGUCUAGUUCCAGAAUGUUUUUAUCAAACCCAGAGGAGACCUCACACCCACUAAGCAGCCAGGCCGGGUACCCGCUUCCUCCUAGCCCUCGAGCCACAGCCAGCGUACUUUCUAUAGAUUUACCUCUUGUGGAUAUUUCAUGUAAAUGGAAUCGUACAAUAUGUGACCUUUUAUGUCUAGCUUCUUUCACUUGGCAUAUUUUUUAGGAUAAUCCACAUUGUAUGUAUCAGUACUUCAUUCCUUUUCAUGAGUGAAAAUAUUUCCAUGCAUGGAUACAAUAUUGUGUUUUUCCAUUCAUCUCUUGAUGAAUAUUUGGGGUUUUUUGUCCACUUUUUGGGUAUUGUGAAUAAUGCUGCUAUGAACACUUGUAUAUAAGUAUUUAAUACCUGUUUUCAGUUCUUUUGGCUAUAGACCUAGGAAUGGAAUUGCUAUGUGCGUGUGUGGGUGGGAUUUUUUUUUUUUAGGGAAUAGUAAGCAUUCCCCUUCCUCUCCAGCAGUAGGAUGCAGAAAAUUCGGAAUAUUUUGUAUUUGAAAGAGACCUAGAUGAAUCUGGAGUACUUAUUUUUGGUUUCCCUUAAACUUUCUAUAAGCCUAAUGUCAGUGAAAUAUUUUGUCAUUAACCACGUUAAUGUAUUCAUUUUGUAAGUAAUGACUAGUACUCAAUUUAAAAUUAAUCUUCCUUUAAAAGUGGUCAGGUUUGUCAAGACACUGCCAGUCAUGGCCAUGUGACCUUUGGUAGGUUACUUAGUCUUUUUGAGCCUCAUUUUCCUCUUCUGUUCAGCAGAGAUAAUAGGACCCACCUGCCACACAGGAUUAUUGUAUAUUCAUUCUCCUCUCUUCCUUCAUGCAGAAGGAAGUUUUACAUUGCAGCGAAUUCACCAUUUAACAAAUUUUUCAAAGGCCGCAUAUAUUUUGUUUCACAAAUUAGGUAUUUAAUUCAGAGAAAUAAUUUGAAAAGUGAAUAAUUUGAAAAUUCUAUAUAGCUAUAGUUAUUAAAUGACUAUGUUCCCUGUUCAUAGUGCGCUGUAGUUAAUCUUCUAGGUUUUAGACCUCUUGGGAGGUCUCACACUGCAAUAAUGCUGAGGCAGCUCACUUUUUUACAUCUUUGGGUCAAGCUAAUAUUUCAAUGAAAAGAAUUCCUGAAUUUUUUAAAGAACUGGGGUUGAAACAGAAGUAAAUCCCAAUGAGCAAGUGUCCAACUGGGCUGUUUAAUGAAAUCUUAUAAUUUAAAACAAUUCCUGUGUUUCAAUGUUUUGUUUUAUCUUGCGAGGGGUAAGAUAAGUAUUCUAAGUGGGUGGUGGAGGAAGAAACUGAGAAAUAAAACGAGUUGUUCCCAGGAAAGAGUUGGAGUUGGGACAGAUGGAUUGUUAACUUUGAUUGUGAGGCCUUUUAUUGAAGACACUCAGCCAAAGAAUGGUCAUCUUAGGCAAAAUAAAAGACUGCAAAUCCA